AAGAACAACAGUUGAAGACUUGAAAUUGUCAGUUCUUCAACCAUUUCUUUUGUACACUGCGAACAGUUGAGAGUCCAUGGCUAAUGUCAUGAAGAAUGAAGAAGGUGGACAGGAAGAAGAAGAAAUUAAGACCUUCGAGGAACUUGGUUUGGAACCCCGCCUGAUUCGGGCACUGACAAAGAAGGGUAUCACAAAACCAACUCCUAUCCAGCAAGUGGCCAUCCCAUUGAUUUUGGAAGGCAAGGAUGUCGUUGCUCGGGCAAAAACUGGUUCUGGAAAGACAUUUGCUUACCUCCUGCCGUUACUCCAGAAGCUCUUUUUGGAUGUUGGUUCACCAAAAACUGCUCCAUGUGCCUUGGUUCUUGUCCCUACCCGUGAACUGUGCCAACAGGUUUAUUCUGAGGUACUAUCUCUCAUUGAGCCCUGUAGAGUUCAACUGAAAGUUGUGCAAUUAACAAGCAGCAUGCCCGUUUCUGACUUGCGUGCUGCAUUGUCUGGGCCACCUGAUGUUCUGGUCUCCACACCAGCUUGCAUUUCAACAUGUAUGUCAGGAGACGUUCUUCAAGCAAAGUCCCUUCAGGAUUCACUUUCGAUCCUUGUUCUGGACGAGGCCGACCUUCUUUUGUCAUAUGGCUACGAAGAUGAUCUAAAAGCACUUACUCCUUAUAUCCCUCGACGUUGUCAAUCACUUCUUAUGUCUGCAACCUCAAGUGCUGAUGUUGAGAAGUUAAAGAAGCUUGUUCUACACAAUCCGUUCAUUUUGACUCUGCCAGAAGUUGGAGAUACUAAGGAUGAGAUUAUCCCUAAAAAUGUUCAGCAAUUUUGGAUUUCAUGCAGUGCUCGUGACAAACUACUUCACGUCCUUGCUCUCUUGAAACUGGAACUUGUUCAGAAAAAAGUUCUGAUAUUUGUCAAUUCAAUUGACAUGGCUUUCAGGUUGAGACUUUUCCUAGAACAGUUUGGAAUCAGAUCUGCUGUUUUAAAUGGCGAGUUACCACAGAAUUCACGUCUCCAUAUCCUUGAGGUAUGUCUUGUGCUUGUUAUCCUGUUCUUAACUGAUGAUCUGAAAUAAGGGUUGUGGUAACGCUUUGGAGUUGUUUUACUCCUGCCACAAGUUCAUGCUAAGUAGAUAUUCACAGAGGAUGAAGUCAUAAAUAGCUUGUUGAUUGGUUUCAUGAAUUGAGGAAUAACUCUUCAAAUGUGAAUGUUGACUUAG